CGCCCCGCUCCACCGCGUCCGGUGCUCGUGGCGACCCGGCCCGCGCGCCGGCCCCGCCCCUCGGGGCGCGCGGCCCUACAAAUACCGCUGCGCCGCGAGCCGGGCGACGCGGCUGAGCGGGGAGGCGCGGUGGGAAGUCGUUACUCGGAGGCGGCGGGAGGCGGAGGAGGCGCCGGCUAGGGGAGCGCGGUGGCGGCGAUCCGCCCCAGUCGCAGCUCGGAAGGGGACGGCUCGGGGGCCGGGGUGGGCCACUUUUUCUCCUCCUCCGCCCGGGGCUUCUGAUUUUUCUCGCUCGAUCCACCUCUCUCUUUUUGCCUCGGGCCGAGCGUCGCUCCCCGAAAGCCGAGCUCCUCCCGUCCGGACCCCGAACAGCCGUCCCGUCGGUGGCUGGGGCUCGGGGGCUCUCCGGGCGCGCAGCGGGCGGGGGUCCCGUCGCUCGGGGCGGCGCAGCAGGCGCGAGAUGAAGGCGGUGAGCCCGGUGCGCCCCUCGGGCCGCAAGGCGCCGUCGGGCUGCGGCGGCGGCGGCGGCGGGGAGCUGGCGCUGCGCUGCCUGGCGGAGCACGGCCACAGCCUGGGCGGCUCGGCGGCCGCGGUGGCGGCGGCGGCGGCGGCGCGCUGCAAGGCGGCCGAGGCGGCGGCCGACGAGCCGGCGCUGUGCCUGCAGUGCGAUAUGAACGACUGCUACAGCCGCCUGCGCAGGCUGGUGCCCACCAUCCCGCCCAACAAGAAAGUGAGCAAAGUGGAGAUCCUGCAGCACGUCAUCGACUACAUCCUGGACCUGCAGCUGGCGCUGGAGUCGCACCCGGCUCUGCUGAGGCAGACGCCGCCGCCGCCGCCGCCGCUGCAGCCGCAGCCGCCUCCGCCGCCCGCGACGCCGCUCCACCCGGCGGGGACCCGUCCCGGGGCGCCGGCGCGGACGCCGCUCACGGCGCUCAACACCGACCCGGCCGGCGCCGUGAACAAGCAGGGAGACAGCAUCCUGUGCCGCUGAGCCGAGCUGGCCAGGUGUGCGGCCGCCUGAGCACCCGUGAGCCAGGAGCCCAGAGGGAGGGCCCGAGCAGAAACAGAGAAAAACCCACCGGAGGAAAGGGGAAGAAAAUCUUCAGCGUAUAUAGAAACCUUGUCUCAACUCGUCAUUCCAGG